CAACUCCACAAGAAAUCCUCACAAAAAGGAAGAGUCUUGAAUAAGUAGUGAGGUUUAUUGGUUUAGUUAUUAGUAAGAGUAAUAUCCUCACUAAUUAAGCUAGCUAACAACAAUGGCAACUAAGCAUCUCUCAUCAGCCCUUGUGUUCUUUGCCAUAUUCCUUGCCUUCUCUGUGCUUUCUGCCACUGCUAUGGCUUCCAUUCCUCAAUCCAAUUUUGAUGUAGCACGUUAUGGUCCCGGAAGUUUGAGGCCCACACAGUGUUUGCCGCAAUGUACAAGGAGGUGCAGCCAGACACAGUACCACAAGCCAUGCAUGUUUUUCUGCCAGAAAUGUUGCAACAAAUGCCUUUGUGUGCCCCCUGGUUUCUAUGGCAACAAGGCAGUUUGCCCUUGCUACAAUAACUGGAAGACCCAGCAAGGAGGACCAAAGUGCCCUUGAUCUAGAUAUAAAACAAUUACACCACUUUUUUACAUCUACUUAAUUUCAAUUACUUCAAAAUUAAUCCAUUUUCAAGAUGUUUUAAGAAAUAGUAAUCCUAAAUAUUAAUAAGAUAUAGUCCCCUUUUCUCUAUAUAAGAUCGAUCGAUAACCAUGUUAUUUUAAAUGUGAUUUUGUUCACAAAUUAAGAAACACUCUCUAUAUGUUACUAAUGAAUAUGAAUAAAUUACCCACCCAUGUUGUAAUUGCCAUGUUCCAUAAUUGUUUAUGUUUUUACUGUUCAAUAUUUCUAUCUCUAAUGGUAACCAUAUGUCUACUCAAAGUGUAUUACUACUUUGCUCCUAUUUAAUAUUUCAAAAAUGCUAUUGUUACAGACAAAAAAAACCUACACAGCCAUGAGUGUGUAAGUGUGUAUGAAAAAUGUGUACCUCAUAUUAUAAUUGGAUAAUGUGUACCUCAAAUUAUAAUUGGCCGUUUAUAUUAGUGUA